CAAUAUACUUUUGUGUCUCGUGUGGCCGUAACGAUCGAAAACGGUAAGAUAUAAAAUUGGUCCAUUUCAAAACGCUGGUAUAUAGGCGCCUUUCUGAUCUAGCAAAGCAAGUCUCUCUCUCUGUCCUGCUCCUUUUGUAAUUGGAAUUUAGCGUUCUGAAGAUCUGACGAGCGUAAUUGUUCCGUGGUGUAUGAUUAUAGUGACUUUCGGGAGCAUAUUUUCAGGGUUUAGAAGAUGAACAACCCUGCUGGAGGGCAGUCCUCAAAAUCGAAAGCUGGAUCCUCGCAGCCAUCCGAAACUUCAUUUAAGCGAAAACGGGGAGUGUUUCAAAAAGAAUUGCAGCACAUGAUGUAUGGUUUUGGAGACGAUCAAAAUCCUCUCCCAGAAAGUGUGGCACUUAUGGAGGAUAUUGUUGUGGAAUAUAUCACAGAUUUGGUACAUAAAGCCCAAGAUAUUGGAUCAAAGAGGGGAAAGUUAUCAGUUGAGGAUUUUCUGUAUCUAAUUCGCAAGGACUUUCCGAAGCUUAACCGCUGUAGAGAAUUGCUGUCUAUGAAUGAAGAGCUGAAACAGGCAAGGAAGGCUUUUGAGACAGAUGAAGAGAAGCUGAGGAAGGCUUUUGAGACUGAUGAAGAGAAGAUGAGGAAGGCUUUUGAGGCAGAUGAAGAUAAACUCGGGUCAACGGAGUGACAUGGGAGUAUUUCUACUUAAACUUGUCUCCUGGUGAUCAUUUUCUUUAGGGAAAUUGGUCUUGUUUCAUUUAAUCUUAGCCAUUUAGUGUCCAGGAUUAGAUAGCCGGAUUCAGGAAAGAUCCAACACACAACACUUGGCAGCAUUCUGAUGUUGCAGAUUGGCAUGUUCAUCUGGUAUGGUUUUACCAGAUUGGCAAGUUUCCCAACGGUUUUACCAGUCUUUUUUCUUUCUUUUUCAUCAACCUUUGUAGCAGAUUGGGAUGCUCAUGUGGUGUGGUUUUCCUUUUAAAUAGUGAUGAUAUGGUGUGGAUAAGUUGCAUUUUUCUAUAAGCA